CUCGUUUCCGUUAAUGAAGAUAUGAAACGUUCCACGUCGCUCGAUAUAUAAUAUCUGCUCAACGAUAAAUAUCUUUAUCGGGCGAAACAAUGCUCCUUUUAUUUAUUCGAAUAACGGAAAAUCAAAACGCGAUACUGCACGCCCCACGAGUAAACCUAAAAUCAUCAAAUCAUCGAUCAUCGGUGUCAAUCAAAUCGUAAAAAAUUACAGUUCCUCCAUUUCUUCGAGGCGCGUAUUUAAUGCAUAAUUUUUUUCCAAGUAUAAAAAAUUCGUAAAUUUCAACACACGAAUACGUACGUAUUGCAAUUUAGUUUUAAUAUCCUCGAGAAUAUUUCGAUCGCGAUUACGAUUAUUCUCGAAUGAUUCGUUCGUCGAUUUACAAAGAAGGAUUAACACCCUAAGACGAAAAUGCUUGAACGGACAGAGAAAGGGGGGGAAAAGAUUCGAAUCCGGGAGAGGCAGGCAGGCAGGCAGUCCACCCGGUGGACCGAAGUUUGAACGAAAGCGCCUUUUCGAAAAUCGAUAGAGAGAAGUUCGUGAGGCGUCGACUACGCUCGUGAAAGUUCGCACGGCCACUAAUCAAUCCGCGGGAGGUUUCGUGUUUAUCAACAAGUGCCGCAUACACCUGGCCUUGUUCGCGUCAGCUUCCGUGACGAUGCACGGCUUCGUUCGGGGAUCGUCACCACGGACGGUCCUUUCGUCAUCGGUGCUCGUCUCGAAUCGUGUGUCGAAGUAAUGACGAGGUUAAACCUCCGACCCGUCCUUUCCUCGCGCAGUCAUCGCUUCGCUGCGUGACGUAUCGUGCGAUUGUUCUCGUCGUAGUCGUCGUCGUCGAAGGUUAUCCGCCUUCUCCUCCUCCGAUAUUUCCUCCUUUCUUCCUCCUCUCCUCUUUUCGCCACCAUUUUCUCCAUUUUCUCGCUCCCGUGAGUUCAUUGGAAUUAUUCGACUAUUAAUAACGCCGCGAUCGUCGUGUCGUUGCACGAUGGUGAUUCCUGACCAAGCCUCGUUUUUCGCGAGAUUUUCCUGAAGCUUCAGGAGGACGAACAGUGGUGAUUAUGAAUUUUGGGGUGGAUUCUUCGAUGGUGAUUUUUUUCCUUCGGUGAUCAGAUCGUUGUGAAAGAAACAAGUUGAAGAAGAAAGAGGUUAUGAUUUGGAGAGUUGAAUCGAGAUGAUGAUAAUUGAGAUAUUGACAAAAGUUGCUCUGUUUCCUUGUUCUUUCUUUUAUCGUUUUUGUUUAUUGAUAUUGUUUUCCAUUCCAAAUAAUUGAGUUACUGUUAAAUUUUAACGUAUCCGGAUAAUGUUUUUUUCUUUUUCUUAGAUCACAUUUUAUUAAUAUUUAUAGCGAUUUCAUUUAUUCAUGCUAGCGAUUUAUUUAAGGAUAUAUCUUUGUCUUUGAAAAUUUCUAAACGUGUUCGUGGCGUAAAUAUCACUCUUAUGAAAAGAGGAAUAACUCGUCCGUUUAUUAUAAUUUAGCGUCCAAAGAUUUCCAUUGGAUUGAUGAUCUCGUAUAAAACGACUAUGAAACGACGUUUUCCAUCUUUUGGCAAACGGAUUCCUGUGUUGCCAUCUUUAUAAUAAUCCACGCUCUUUCGACACACGUUUGCGCGUUGAAAUCCGUCAAUUUCGAAACGAGUUCCCACAUUUUAAAACGAAACGUAAUCUCCUUAAAAUCUAGAGAGGAAGAGAGAGAAAAUUCUGUUUCCCAAUCGAGCGAGUUAAACAUGGUCAGUGAAUUUUUUAUUCUCAAUUUCUCAUGGAUUAUUACAAACGUAUGUUGUGAAAGUGAAGUGGAUCGUCGAAUCUCGAGUCUCGAUGGACGAGAAUAAAAACGAGAGAGAUACGAUAUAUUCGCUCGAAGAUUAAUCAAAUUAAAAAUUACAGUUUUAAGAGAGUGGAUUAGAAGAGAAAUUAAACGGUGUUUUUUCGUGUACUUUUGUGCUUUCGAGCUACGAGCUACGUUUCACGAUGCAUCGAUUAAUGAUCGAGGGAUGCGAUCGAGGAGGGUGGCAUGGAAAAUGUGGGAAAAGGGGGACGGUUUUCGGAAAGCGGCCGCCACUAUAAAUAGAGGCGCCUCAUGCGUGCGUGCUAUGCUUUUAAACAUAGUUUUGGCAGCGCGAAACGUCAAACCGCCUCGGAGUGGCAAAGCGCGUGGAUCGUUUCGCGAAAUUCAAGCAUUGGCCGGACAUUCUCUCCAAAUAUUUGUCCCGAUCCGUGACAUCUUGCAAAGUAUCCAAAGGGAUAGAAUGUGACACAGGUGUGUGUGAUCGCAAUAGAAAGAAAAGAAAACAAAAAAAUUAUAUCCGUGCCUUUGUCCAUUCGUCACGAGAGAGAGAGAGAGAGAAAUAAGAGUUGUCCGUGGACAACGUGGACUCGAAUGAAACGUGUUCAAAUUUCGAUUUGAAGGGACGUUUCGAGAAAAAAAGAAAGAGAAAGAAAAGGAGUAAUUCGAUAUUGGUUCGAACGUUCGUUGAUAAGAUAUCGAAGAACCAAUCUCUCGUUCUCGUUUUCGAGAAUUCGAUUCCCUUCUUAUUUUUCCAACUAGGAGGGGAAGGACAAGGACAGGGUGAAUUUGGGAGAAAUAAAAUGAAAAGUGUGUUGGAAAAGCACGACAAGGAGAACCAACGGCCGAUGGACACCCGCCACGGGGACAAGGAAAAAGCGCAAGAUGCCAAGGAUGAAGAGUAAAAAUCGCCACCACACUAACAAAAACGCCUGCCUCCGCGUUUCGUGCUGCUAGUGUGUUCGUCGCUCUGCGCCAGUGUGAUGUCACCGAGCAGCAAAGGCACGGACGAGGCUGUAAACGAUGCGUUGUUGGAGAAGCUCCGAAAUUGCGUGUCCAAGCCACAGGAGGUGGAUACAUUCAGAAACAUCGCAGCUAAGAUACAUGCUCGAGUCACAUCCACAGGUAACCAACAUCGACGAUUGCGCGAACGCACGCUGGACAAAUUAUGGCGCAAGAAUUCCGGUGCGAUGGAAAUGUUCAUCGCAACAUUGGAGAAUUGCAAGGAUCACGUGAUAAACUACAGCAUCGCCAGCAUACUACACGAGUGCAUAUCACCCCGUAACGCGAAGGGGAAGACCAAAGGGAACAAGAACAAAAGUGCCACAAUAUCCAGCAGCCGAAUGGCAGUGAUGCAGCUGAUCAAUUUAGGAAUCACGCAAGCUCUAAUUAAACUUUUAGUUAAUCUGCAACACACGGACAGUAUUUCGAGCGAGGCCCUCACGCGAGAGGUGCUUUGGCUUUUGGGUCAGAUAACCCAAAGGGACCAGAAGUUCGUGUUAAAAAUAAAGAUGCUUAAUACCAUUAAAGUGUUCCACACGCUCUUGAAGCAACAUUACAAUAAUAGCAAAACUUUGUUGCCUUUGUUGUUGAUCAUCAAGUGUCUCGCCAGAAAUUCAUUCUCGCUUCAGGUAUUGAUGAAGGACGGUAUAGCCUCCACGUUGGAGAAAACAUUCGUCAGUAUCGGUUACAUGCCUCACCUGAAACUCAAAUCGUUGUUAGAGUGUUUGAAAUAUUUCACAACGAGCAAAGUUUGUUGCAUGAAAUUCGUGAAGGUGGGUCUGGUAUAUCUGUUGAUGAGGAUCUUCGAGAGAUGGGACCGAUUCGACGGGCCGAUGAGACUGAAGAUUUGCAAUUCCACUUUGAUCACGUUACAACACUUAUGCGUCAUAAAGGCCGGCAGAAAGGCUAUCAAGUUGAACAAUGGUUUGCAACUACUGUACCGGUUCUGCAACAAUUGCCCGGAGGAUAAGUCGUACGAUUCGUUGCUAUCGCGUAUUUGUGGGAUAAUCAAUCAAUGUCUGGAGAAGAAGGAGCUGCCGGUGCCCGAAAUGUCUCCGGCAAGAUUCGUGCUGCCGAACGAAACGAACAGGCCCAACAGCGUUGAGAGUGGUAGCGACAUCGACAGUCAGCCCUGCAGUGUCGCCUCUCUUGGACGUAUGUACAGCGACCUUGAUUCGGGCGACGAAGAAGAAAGCCAGCAUUCAAGGACGAAUGCGAAAAGCAUGAACACGACCGACGAAGUGGACGAGAGCAAGUUCUUUGCCGGUGUGUUCACGGCUCAAAGAUCGGAGGAGGAGUUGGCCGAAUACAACGUUUUUUUCAAAGAAUUGGACAACCUUGGACAUCAUCAAACGUGCGGCACGAAUUUAUCGACGGAGAUCAGCGAUACGAUCGAUACGAAAGGGUGCAGCAGAACAAAGAUAAAGGAUUUGUUGAAAGAGGGGAUAUCGAAGACGAGCCAAAUGACGAGCCAAAUGACGAACCAAAUGACGAACAGCGAGACGACGAUCAAAAUAUUCAAAGACAUUUCGAUUUUGACGGAUCAACAGGCUUAUUGCGUGAUAGCGAGCAGGGUGAAGAGCGUUAUAGGUUUCGUGAAGGUGGCUUACCCGGAUCUGAUCGGUGGCGACGGCCUCGGAAAGGACGAGCCGUUGAACAGCAAGGACAGAAGGGUCUGCCGUUCCAAACUUCUCACCUGCGUGGAACGUGGCCUCCACGGUAGCCUGUUGACGCCCGAAGUGGUGUACGAUCUCGACGCCAUAACUUCGUCCAGCAACGCGUCCUCCACGGAAGAGCAGAAACUGAUCGACCAUCAUUUGUGCAACUGGGAUGAGAACAGGAUAGGGAAGCGUUCCUUCGACAACAAACACUUGCACUUCGAGUCCAGAUUCGAGAGCGGCAACCUGAGAAAAGUUAUUCAGAUAGGCGUGAGAGAGUACGAUCUGAUCUUGACGCCGGACGUGAACAGCGGCUCCAGGCACCAAUGGUUCUAUUUCGAGGUGUCGAACAUGGAGGCGUUGGCGUACACGUUUAACAUUAUCAACUGCGAGAAAGCGAAUUCGCAGUUCAAUUUCGGGAUGAAACCGAUCCUGUUCAGCGUGACGGAGGCCCAACUCGGCAGGCCGGGUUGGGUGAGGACAGGGGCUGACAUAUGCUACUAUCGAAACUGUUAUCAACGGCCCGCCAAGGGGAAGAAUUAUCUCACCACCUCGUUCACCGUCACUUUCCCUCACGCGUACGACGUGUGUUAUCUGGCCUACCAUUUCCCUUACACCUACAGCCUGUUGAUGACCAAUAUCUGGAAGUGGACCAAAAGGGUGCCGCCCAACACGUAUUUCAGAGUGGAGACCCUCUGCGAGACGUUGAACGGCAAUGACAAUCCUCUGCUCACUAUCACGUCUCUGGAUUCCAAGAACAAUCCCAUACAGAAUCGCAAGAUGAUAUUUCUGACGUCGAGGGUUCAUCCGGGCGAGAGCAACGCGUCGUGGGUGAUGAACGGUACCCUGGAGGCGUUGCUGGGUAACAAUCCUUACGUGACGGGCUUACGCGACGAUUACGUAUUCAAAAUCGUGCCGAUGUUGAACAUCGAGGGUGUGGUGAACGGUUGUAAUCGUUACGGAUUGACGAACGAAGAUCUGAACAGGCGGUGGAGCAAUCCUAACCAAGUCCUCCAUCCUGUGAUCUAUCACACGAAGGGUCUGAUGGAGUACUGCACGAGGGUGUUGCAGAGGCCUCCCUAUGUUUUCGUCGACUAUCACGGCCAUUCACGGAGGAAGAAUGUGUUUCUGUUCGGUUGCUCAAGGUCGGGUUCUUGGAGUGCCGCGGACAGGGCGAAACCGGACCAGCCGUCUCAGUAUUUGACGUUGCCGUAUCUCAUGCAAAAAAUAUCUCCAGCGUUCGCAUUGCCACUGUGCUCGUUCAAGGUCGAGAGGCACAAGGAGUCCACCGCCAGGGUAGCCAUAUGGCGGCAGUUAGGUGUUUCGAGAAGUUACACGAUGGAGAGCAGUUUCUGCGGAUGCGACCAGGGAUUGCUCGCGGGUCUGCAUCUGGACACGAAACACUUGAACGCCAUCGGCCAGGAUUUCUGUCAGGCUCUGUCAAUGAUGAAGGAUUAUACCGAGAAUUGGAGUAUUGACAAGUCGUUGAAAGAGGAGUGUUGCCCGCUAAAAUGCAUUUCGAAGAAAUCAAAAACCGUUGCUAAAUGUAUUCAGGAUAAGCCUGCGGCCCUUCAUCUUGCCGCAAUUCCUUAACGAAUGAUUAAGCAAAACUUGAUUUGAGGAUUCCUAUGGGAGAAGGUAUUCCCGAGGAGUCAGGAUGCAUGGAAGAUGACAUUUCGUCUAGCUGCGAGUCAGACGAAUCUGAUUUUGAGACUUAAAUAAAUUUUAAUUUACAACGAUUCGACAACGAUAUCGACGAUAUCAUAGCUUCUUUAUAAAUAGAUCGGAAGGUUUGUACAGGUUUUUGGCUGCGAAAUAAAAAAGAAAAAAAAGAAAGAAAAAAAAAACACGAAAGAACAUCGGGCAAAAGGAUAUUCUGUACACUUUGAAGAAUUUUUAUUUAAAACUCGUAACAAAUGUCAAGCUAUUCCCUACGAAGAGCCUGUCUAAGAAAUUAAAGCCCCUUUUCCAUUGUAUAUAUAUAUAAUUUCGAAAAUGAACGCCUCGCUCGCCACAAAUGUAAAUUGAAACUUCUAUUAAAUUUGAGCAUCUUACAAGUGCGAGAAAUCUCACCAUGCGAGGAAGGCGCGUCUCCUGCUAGAAUUUCGUUCGACAAAGCAACGAUUAACGCCAAGAACAAACCGACGAGGACGAGAAUUCAUUAAUUUUCAUAAAUUAAAUGACAACCUUUCGAACAACCAGACAAGAAGACUUAAAAAAAAAAAAAAAAAAAAA